AGGGGUUUAAAGGGGUUAAUCCAGGUCCAGUCAGCUGAUCAGUGUCGUGACUGUUCAGCUCUGCUUCUGCUCUGUUCUCAUAGUAAAACGACACACUCUCACUCAGGAUGGAUUUCUCCAAGCUUCCCAAAAUUCGGGAUGAAGAUCGGGAGGGACAGUUCGGCUUUGUUCACGGCGUCUCCGGACCCGUGGUGACGGCCUCCAGCAUGGCGGGAGCUGCGAUGUACGAGCUGGUGAGGGUGGGGCACAGUGAGCUGGUGGGGGAGAUCAUCCGUCUGGAGGGAGACAUGGCAACCAUCCAGGUGUACGAGGAGACCUCCGGCGUGUCUGUGGGAGACCCUGUGCUGAGGACAGGGAAACCCCUCUCUGUGGAGCUGGGGCCGGGAAUCAUGGGAUCUAUCUUUGACGGGAUCCAGCGCCCCCUAAAGGACAUCAACGACCUCACCAAGAGCAUCUACAUCCCCCGCGGGGUUAACAUCGGAGCGCUGAACCGGGACCUCAAAUGGGAGUUCACUCCCUCCCAGAGCCUCCGGGUGGGUAGUCAUGUUACAGGAGGAGAUCUUUAUGGGAUGGUUUUGGAGAAUUCCCUCAUUAAACACAAGAUCAUGCUGCCGCCCCGCAGCCGAGGAACCGUCACCUACGUCGCUCCCCCGGGAAACUACGACGUUUCUGAUGUAGUGUUGGAGCUGGAGUUUGAAGGUGUGAAGGAGAAGUGCACCAUGUUACAGGUGUGGCCGGUACGACAGGUGCGUCCCGUUACCGAGAAACUACCGGCCAAUCAUCCUCUACUGACCGGCCAGAGAGUACUGGAUGCUCUAUUUCCGUGUGUUCAGGGCGGGACCACAGCUAUCCCAGGAGCCUUUGGUUGUGGAAAGACGGUGAUCUCCCAGUCCCUCUCCAAAUACUCUAACAGUGAUGUCAUCAUCUACGUGGGCUGUGGAGAACGUGGGAACGAGAUGUCGGAAGUAUUGAGGGAUUUCCCAGAGCUGACGAUGGAGGUGGACGGUAAGGUGGAGAGUAUAAUGAAGAGAACAGCGCUGGUGGCCAACACCUCCAACAUGCCUGUAGCAGCUCGAGAGGCCUCCAUCUACACCGGUAUUACUCUGUCGGAGUAUUUUAGAGAUAUGGGUUAUAAUGUGAGUAUGAUGGCGGACUCCACCUCCCGUUGGGCCGAGGCUCUGAGAGAAAUCUCCGGACGAUUGGCUGAAAUGCCGGCAGACAGCGGGUACCCGGCGUACCUGGGCGCCAGGUUGGCGUCGUUUUAUGAGCGGGCGGGGCGAGUGAAGUGCCUGGGGAACCCGGAGAGAGAGGGCAGCGUCAGCAUCGUAGGAGCUGUAUCGCCCCCUGGUGGUGACUUCUCUGAUCCUGUUACCUCCGCUACACUGGGUAUUGUACAGGUGUUCUGGGGUCUGGAUAAGAAGCUGGCUCAGAGGAAGCACUUCCCGUCGGUGAACUGGUUGAUCAGCUACAGUAAAUAUACUCGCGCUCUGGACGAGUAUUACGAUAAACACUUCCCCGAGUUCGUCCCCCUCAGAACCAAAGCCAAGGAGAUCCUGCAGGAGGAGGAGGACCUCGCCGAGAUCGUCCAGCUCGUCGGGAAGGCUUCUUUGGCUGAAACUGAUAAAAUCACGCUGGAAGUGGCGAAGCUCAUCAAAGAUGACUUCCUGCAGCAGAACGGAUACACACCUUACGACAGGUUCUGUCCGUUCUAUAAGACCGUGGGGAUCCUCUCUAAUAUGAUAGCGUUUUACGACAUGGCUCGUCACGCGGUGGAGACGACGGCUCAGAGCGACAACAAGAUCACCUGGGCGAUGAUCCGCGAGCACAUGGGCGAGAUCCUGUACCGCAUCAGCUCCAUGAAGUUUAAGGACCCGGUGAAGGAGGGGGAGGGGAAGAUUAAGGCGGAUUACGCUCAGCUCCUGGAGGACAUGCAGAACUCCUUCCGCAGUCUGGAGGACUAGACCCUGACCUUUAACCUCACACCUCCUCGUAUUGUGUAUUUUCCGAUGUGUGUGUGUGUGUGUGUGUGUGUGUGUGUGUGUUAUAAAUCUAUGCUGCUCCUGUUUACUAUAUGUUUUUGUCACUCUGAUACUUGAAAGCCAUAAUAAGAGUCUGGGUCAGUGUGUACAGUCGAAUAUAUAAAUAUAUAUAUAAAUAUAUAUGUGUAUUAAUAAUAUCUCAAAGACUUGAAAAGGGGCAGCAUUUUAAUUUCUGCACUGAUAAAGUGGAAAAACACAUUAUUAUAAAUGUGCACAAUAUAUCGGUUUCUCAUUAUGAUUAAAUAUAUGCACAGGUUCUGCAUUCUGCAGCAUUCCCAGCUUCCCUCAAUAAGAGCAUCUGAAGAUUAAAGACGUGGCUGGGUCUUCCAGCAUGACGAUGACCCGAGACACACCUGAGUUUAAUGAUUUAGAUGGAUGAAUGAAUAUUUUUGGCAAUUUAGUCAAUAUAGUGUGUUUAGAAGUGGACAAAAAAAAUUUAUCCAAAUAUAGCACAUUUUGAUCAUUUAUUUUAAGUGUUCUUGAGCAUUUUUCCCUGACAGAUAUUUUAACUGUCCUCACACCUUAUUUGUAUAAAUAAGUAAAGUUUUGUCUUUAAAACACCAAUUAAUAAUUAUAAUAAUAUAAUUUACCUGUGUAUGUGGAAUAAUAAUUCAGGAACAGCUGAGUUCAGUGAUUUAGAUGGUUGAACAAAUAUUUUAGGCAAUUUAGUCAAUAUAUUGUGUUUAAGAUUGAAAAAAAAACAUUUAUAUCAAAAUAUAGGACAUGGUAAAAAUAGGGAUACACCAGAUAGAUAUUCAGAACUCGACAUUUUUCUGUCUGUUUAGUGUCCAAAUAAAAUAAAAAAAUGUUAUUAAUGAUGCAGUUAUAUUUUUGAAAAUCAAAUCAAAGUUUAUUAUUAUUAUUUAUUUUAUUUGUAUUUUUUUGCUUAUUUACUUUAAAUAUUAUGGUACAUUCUUUACUGUCAGAAAAUUUUACUUCCCUAACGCAUUAUUUGUUUAAAUAAAAAAUAAAAAAUAAGUUAUGUCCUUUAAACUACCAAUUAAUUCAAUUUCAAUUAAUUCAAUUGCAUAAGCUGAGGUGGAACAGUGUUGUAAUAUUUUGUAAUAAUAAUAAUAAUAAUAAUUACCUGUGUACAUGGAAGAGAUUCAGAAACAGCUGAUUUAGAUGGAUAAACACAUAUUUUUAAUCAAUAUAGUGUGUUUAGAAGUGGACAAAAAUGUGAUAUCAAAAUAUAGCACAUUAUAAAAAUAGGGAUACACCAGAUAGAAAUUCAGCAGCCGAAAUGAUUUGGUCAAUCAGCCCAAAUAAUCUGUUUAGUGUUUAAAUAAGUGAAAAUACAGAAUAUUUUGUUCUGAAUGAUGCAGUUACAUUUUCAGUUAUAAUUAAAUGACAGCUUAUAGGGGCUGUGAUUGGUCCAGCGGUCUAAAGCGCUGCUACUAUAAUCAGGAGAUCACUGGUUUGAAUCCCGGUCAUGCAGCUUGCCAUCAGCUGCCGGAGCCUCGAGAGAGCACAGUUGGCCUUGCUCCCUCUGGGUGGGUAGGGGGAGUCCUAUUGAGUGGGCUGGGUAAUUGGCCUUGUAAAUAAGGGAGUAAAUGUGAUAAAUAUGUGAUAAAUAGAUUUAUUUUACAUUUUAUGGUGCAUUGAUUGUUGGUAUAUCAUACAUUUUGCUUCCCUCACGCCUUAUUUCUUUAAAUAAGUGAAGUUAUGUCCUUAAAAUACCAAUUAAUUCCAUUUCAAUUAAUUAAAUUGAAUAACAGUGUUGUAAUGUUAAUAUUAUUAUUAAUAAUAGUCAUUAUAUGUUUUAUAAAUAGUCUGUAUGAAUUAAAACAUAUAAUAAUCUAAUUAUAAUUACAACAAUAUGAUAUAAGACUCUUAAUUUGAGAAUCAAUAGAUAUAUUGUGUACAUUUAAGUUGUUUAUUUUCAUUUGUGUGUGUGUGUGUGUGUGUGUGUGUGUGUGUGUGUGUGUGUGUGGUAAUUAAAAGAGCAGAUUGAUGGAAAAUCUAAUCAACAUUAUUGAUUACUGAUCACAGAUUCUGUUGAUCAGAUAAGACACUUCCUUUGAUCUGCUGCUUUGAUCUUUAUGUUAUAAAUGUGAAACUGAUUGGGAACUCAGUGUUUACACCCCGCCCCCUUUUUGUUUCGGUGACCAAUAGAAAGUCGCGUUUAAAGACAAGAUAACAGGGAUAGAAAGAGAUGAGUCACAAAGGGACCAAUGAGGCGUCCCGUAUUUAUUUACAGUCUGUAGCCUCACUGAGUGACUGAACGUGUUCUUCUGAAUGUAUUACGUAUAAUCAGGUGUGUGUGUGUGUGUGUGUGUGUGUGUGUGUUAGAUUAUAUUGGAUGUAUUACCUACAUGGUGGUUCAUGUACUGUAUGUGAUGUUCUGAAUUUCACAGAAUUAAAGAAGAGAUUAAAGGACA